AUGUUACCAAGCAGAGGACUUUCCAUCUCACGCCCAGUAGCAGGGCUGCGCCAAAGUAUUCCACGUCCACGACAGACAAUCUCGUCAUGGCAGACUGCUACGCGCCAAUACUCUCAGAUUCAACGAUUUGGACGUUCCUCACAGCCAUGGAGUCCUAGCUCGGGAGCUCUCCUGGGCCAUAGCAGCGCGUUGCCCCGAUUGUCCUCCGUUUCCCGCAACUCUCUUCGCUUGGGUGCCACGGCUGGUGCUUCGCGAUCUUUGUCGCUCUGGCCCUUUGGUUCAAGCCAACAGAUUUCCGAGAGUAAGAAUGCAAGCUCAGCAACCUCAUCAGCUGCCCAGACUGGGCUAAGCAACGAAACCACUACAUCCGCCUCGCCACUGUCCUCUCCCGAGCCACACUUUGCAGAGCAUACCACAGGCAGCCCAGACGUAUUCGAAAGCUCUGCCGACCCGGCCGCAUCUUCUUUCAGCCCUGAGCUAUUUAGCGACCUCGAAUCGGCCUCAAUUCUUGAUAUUCCAGAACAAAUCGGCUACCUCAAGCACUUGGGCUUGGACUUUGGUUGGGGUCCCACCGCCAUGUGCGAGUGGCUUCUCGAACACAUUUACAUUUAUACUGGGCUGCCAUGGUGGGCCUCCAUUGCCGCUGCCGCAUUCGGCGUUCGACUUUUAAUGUUCUAUCCUACUGUCAUUGCUCAACAACAUUCUUCCAAAUUAGCUCUGCUGCACAAGGAUCCCGAAUUUGUUAAGGCAUCGGCAGAAGCCAAGGAAGUUAUGUGGGACAAGGAUGUAGACACCAUGCAGCGGAUGAAGGUACAAGCAAGAGUUCAGGCAAUCACCAAGCGUGCAGGAGUGUCAUAUUCCAAGACGUUUCUACCUCCUUUGGCUGUUAUUCCAUUCAGUUAUGGCAUGUUCCGUCUCCUGAGAGGAAUGGCGGCACUGCCGGUGCCCAGCCUUGAGACUGGAGGUUUUGCUUGGAUCACCGAUUUGACCGUAUAUGAUCCCACAUACAUCCUCCCCCUGGCCUCGGCCGCUCUGAGUGCUCUUACCAUGGUGCAGCACCAAAAGGCCAACCUGAACCCGACCCCGCAGAGCGAGUCUAUGGCCAAGUUCAUGCUCUACGGUCUCACCCCUUUUAUGUUUGUCGCCACCAUGUGGUUCCCUGCUGCCGUCCAGUGGUUCUUCUUCGUCUUUGCCCUGUCAACCGUAACACAGGGAACGGCGACACUUAACCCUAUGAUUCGCCGCCUAGUUGGGCUGCCUGCCAUCCCGGGCAAGUCGGCAUCGAUUUCGCCGACAGGAGUGCAGUAUCAAGCUCCUUCGCGAGGAGGCAUCCGCGGCAUGAUGGACGGUGCCACUCAGAACAUGACCAAUCUACAAAAGGGCAUUGAGGACUACACUGGAGGUCCUGCCAAAGCCGCCCUCAAAAAGGCACAGGACUAUGAAAAGAAGAGGGCACAGGAAGAGAGAGAAAAGGCCAUGAACCGAAUGCUCGAAAACCAGAGGAAGAGAAUGUCCCGGCGAAACUAA